GCUGCCUGUUUGGGUCACAGGACAGAGAGGGAGAGGACAGAGUAUAGGCAGUCACAGAAAGGAGGGGGCAAUGUACUCUCUCUUGUCGCUGUGGCUGUGCGCGGCCCUGCCGGGUCUGCUGUACGCCUCACACGUCACUCUGUUGGUAGAGGGGGACAAUACUGCCACCAGGAUCUGCAAACCCGCCCCCGACUGGUCCAUAAAGGGAAAGGCACCCAUGCAGGAGCUGCUGGGAAAUGUGGUAGUGGUGGCGCUGCUGAAGGCCAGCUGACAGUUCUGUCUCACUCAGGCCACCAACAUUGGAGGCCUGCGUGCCAAGCUGCACCGCAGCAACCUGACAGAUGUGUCUUUCAUGAUAGUAAAUGAGAAAGAGGCGAAAUCCAGAGCCAUGUUCUGGGAGCUAAAGAGAAGAGCCCCGGCUGGUGUUCCAGUGUACCAACAGACCCCCUUUCAAAAUGAUGUAUGGGAGGAGUUGGAUGGUGACAAAGAUGACUUCCUGGUCUAUGAUAGGUGUGGUCUCCUCACCUUCCACAUAGUACUACCGUACAGCUUCCUGCACUACCCAUAUGUAGAGGCUGCAAUCAGAGCCACCUAUCUCAAAAAUAUCUGCAAUUGCUCUGCUAAUUCCACUUCACCAAGCGACAGGAACAGCAUCAUGACGAACGAGACAGUGCAGUAUAACAUCAACCAACCAACUGCAUUACCCACUAUUGAAGUGGACACUGAGGAACCAGACGUGGGGAACCCGCCUCCUGGAUCGACUCACCACCACCACAGCCACGAUCAUCAUCAUCCUCCUCGUCAACACAACCAGCAUCAGCAUCAUCAACACCACCAUCAUCAUAAUACCACUCAUCAGGAUCAAUCCCAACAUCAGCAAGAUACAAAUCAGAAUAAAACUCAAAGUCAUCACUCUCCCCAUCCAAGUCACCGCCACCAUAACCACCACCACCAUCCGCAUCAUCAUUAGCCUGAUGCCAGUGAUAUUACUAGUGUUUUAAUGUGUAUUCCACCUUAGUUAAAUAGGUUUAUUUAGUUUUUUACUUUUAGUGGUUUAGUAGUCAGAAUAUGCAGAAAUUCACUGAGCAGUUGAAUCUGUUUUAAGCAGUAACCUGACUGUGGUUUCUCUGGAAGCAUUUCCCCACCUCCCUCCUCUGUGUGGAUACAGCAGCUAGGUCGGCCCUGUUUUCUCCCAUUAAUGAAGUCUGCAGUGUAUAACCUGCCUGCAGGAGGCUGCAGAUGGAUGUGUGUGGAGAAAUGAGGUGGACUGACUGUUACUGUCACCCACAUAGAGUCAGAGGAUGGUGUACAGUGCUGCUAGGCAGACCUCAAUCUGUGAUACUGUCCAAACUGGUUUCUUUCUGCUCAGUUGAAUAUGUUGGUGAUAUGCUGUGCUACUACAUUACUAUUCACAAGAGGUUCAUAAGAGAUUUCAAGAGCAACGCUUUACUCAUUUGGAUGUUUACAAGGCAUUUGGGAAGUGGUAUAAGAAAUUUGAUUAGUAUCAACACAGUGUAAUCAUUAGAUAUUAUAAAUCAAACAAGGUUGUGGUAUUUUUAGUGUGCCACUUCUAUUAGAUUCAAUUUAUUUCAUUGAGUAUGGAAUAACAAAUCAAGUGUAGGUGUAGUCAUUUAUCCUGACUUAACAUAAAAUGCUGCAGUUUUGCUCUGUUUACUCAAUUUUUGCAUUUUUGCUGUAGACUUUAAAGUGUGUUGCUGUGUUAUUCUGGAUUAAAAAGAGGAAGCAUUUUGAAUGAGA